AGAGCUGCGGAGCCGCGAGCCCGGGCCGGGGCGCCGGCCGGGAAUGCCGGGGGCGCGGCGCCGACGCCGAGGCGCGGCCAUGGAGGGGAAGCCCCGCGCCGGGGUCGCGCUGGCCCCGGGGCCGAGCGGCCGAGGGCCUUCCGCCCGCCGCCGCCGCCGCCGCCGCCCGGGGCUGCUGCUCCCCGGCCUCUGGCUGCUGCUGCUGGCCCGGCCGGCCUCGUGCGCCCCAGAUGAGCUCUCUCCGGAACAGCACAACCUUUCCUUAUACUCCGUGGAGCUCGUGCUGAAGAAAAGCACUGGGCACAGCGCUGCACAAGUGGCCUUAACAGAAACCACACCAGAGUCCCAGCACAGCAGUCCUCUCCAUGUCACAGCUCCGCCAUCUGCCACUACUUUUGAUACAGCCUUUUUUAACCAAGGAAAACAGACCGAAAGUACAGCAGCUCACAGCAUCUUUGUGGCAACUUACGUGUCAGUGACGAGUAAUGAGGUGGCCGUCGAUGACGAUGAGAUGGAUAACUUUCUGCCAGAUACUCACUGGGCCACUCCACGGAUGGUUUCUCCAAUACAGUAUAUCACUGUCAGCCCACCGGGGCUGCCCAGGGGAGCGUUGGAACCCAUGCUCACUCCGUCAUUACCCAUGGUUUCUUUACAAGAUGAAGAAGUGACAUCGGGCUGGCAGAACACAACGCGACAACCAGCAGCAUAUGCUGAGUCCGCCAGUCAUUUCCACGCCUUUCGGUCAGCUUUUCACACCUCUGAGGGCAUUGUUCCAACUCCUGGCAGGAAUUUGGUGCUUUAUCCUACUGAUGCUUACAGUCAUUUAUCAGGCAGGACUCUGCCAGAGAUGGUGGCUUCCCUAACAGAGGGUGUGGAAACCCCCCUUUUUUUAAGCUCCUGGUCUUUAAUGUCGCAGCCAUUAGGCAAUGGCAUUACUAGACCGUUUCCCUCCUUGGGAGAGGUCUCACAGCCUCCAGAGGAGGUUUGGGCCACAAGUACAGGCAGAUACCCUGAUGUGACCACUGUGUUGAGUCAAAGUCUAGAAGAAACCACCUCUCCAAGAACAUACUCUACUGUGACUGCGUCGCACACUGCCCUUGGAUUUGGCAGGACACAUUCUGCGUUGCUUUCAACCUCUCUUGCAUUUGUGUCCUUUUUUGCUCCACCAACUGAUGUUUCUUCUAAGCCCUUUCUCCCUAGUGAUUCCAGCAAGACAUCAGAAUCGCUCAGCCAUUCAGCUCUCUCCAGUGCCGUGGACAGCACUCCCCUCCUGAGCCUGGUGUCCUCAUUCAGACCAUACACUUGGUGCGCAGCCUGCACUGUGGCUUCACCUCAGCACGUUCUGGCCACGAGCCUCGUGGAGAAAGAUGUGGGAUCAGGGGAUGGUGCAGAGACCCUGACAGUGACCGUGCUGGAAGAAAGCAGCAUCUCUCUAAUGAGUAGCAUCGUAGCAGACUUCUCUGAAUUUGAGGAAGACCCUCCAGUGUUUAAUACGCUUUUCCCCUCCAGACCUGUGGUCCCACUUUCUUCCAGAUCCAUGGAAAUCUCAGAGAUGAGUGUUGGUGUUUCCGCCGAGGUAGAUAUGAGCAGUGUUACAACCACGCAGGCUCCCCCUGCGCAUGGCCACCUCUCUGUGCCGGCGUCACUCCAUUCUGCUGCUGGCUCCUCGUCUGUUGCGGAAACGCAGGUGAUACCGUCCAGCGUGACCACUACAUUCGUCUCGGUCAUCACCAGCAUUCUCCUUGACUCAUCUCUCUCUGCCGUAGCUAACAAAAACACACCAUCGCCUGCCGUCAGAGACCCGAGUGUUUUUACGCCUUACAGCGUGGUUCCUUCAGUGGAGUCUUCACUUUUCUCUGACCAAGGUUCUUCCAGUUUUUCCGAUUAUAAACCCGGAGGUGCUUUGGAUUUCGCAUCCAGCUUUUUCUCAACGCCCCCGCUGGAACUCAGUAGCUCCAUCUCUUCACCUUCGGAAGCGUCUCUGUCUCUGAUGCCAAGUGACCUGUCCCCCUUCAUGUCUCAGCCUUUUUCUACCUUGGUUGAGACAUUUAGAUUGUUCCACUCGAGUGAUCUACAGUCAUCUCAGCUGUCUCUUCCCAGCUCCACAGAUCUUGAGUUUUCGCAGCUGCAGCCAAGUUCUGAGCUGCCUUUAAACACCGUCACUUUCCUACCUAGCCUCUCCAAAGCGUCGCCAUGGUCAAGCUUCCCUUCUGAUUCUCUGGAGUUUGUUGAAGCGUCGAUGGUUUCACUGAUAGAUUCAGAAGCUCAUUUUACCUCAGCUUUCACUGAAACUACCUCCUAUCUUGAGUCUUCACUCUCUUCCUGUGAAUCCGCAGUCACCACACUGGUGCCCCCCAGCUCUGGGUCUUUUGACAUCUUGACUGCCGGGAUUCAUGCAACUUUGCCAUUGACCACUGUCCACACAACGCCCAUUUUACCUGCGUUUUCUUUGUUCUCAACUCUGACACCUCCUGACGAUCAAAUCAGUGCUACAGACGGUCACGCGUCUGUCCUAGCCUCUUUCUCCAAAGCCAUUCCCACUGGCACGGUGUUGAUCACUGACACGUACCCGCCAGCAGGGUCCUCGUUUGUUUCUGAAGCGACCCCCUUCCCUCUGCCCACAGAGCUGAGCACCGUGGACCCAUUGCUAACACCCACAGAGGUGCCACUGAACAGCUCCACGGAAGUGAGCCCAGCCAGCACCGGUGCUGCCACUGCUGGUCCCCUCGACUCCAUGCUGAUGAGCGACGCCCCAAGUCAGAGCCCCUCAGAGAGCAGCGCGGCUCCUCCCCUGCCGUCCCUGCAUCCCGUGACUGCCUUUACUCUCAAAGCAACAGUCGACACGCCAACACUGGCCACCGCCAAGCCGCCAUAUGUUUGUGAUAUCACAGUCCCUGAUGCCUAUCUGAUCACAACUGUGCUGGCCAGAAGAGCUGUGCAGGAGUACAUCAUUACAGCAAUCAAAGAAGUACUGAGGAUUCACUUCAACCGUGCAGUGGAACUGAAGGUUUAUGAACUAUUUACUGACUUCACUUUCCUGGUAACAUCUGGUCCUUUCGUUUACACGGCAAUAUCGGUCAUAAAUGUGCUUAUAAACAGUAAGCUUGUGCGUGACCAGACUCCUUUAAUCUUGUCUGUGAAACCUUCUUUCCUUGUGCCAGAGUCCAGGUUCCAAGUUCAAACAGUACUUCAGUUUGUGCCCCCGAGUGUGGAUACCGGCUUCUGCAACUUCACCCAGCGCAUCGAGAAAGGUCUAAUGACAGCUCUCUUUGAAGUGAGAAAACACCACCAGGGAACGUAUAACCUCACGGUGCAGAUCUUGAAUAUCACCGUCAGUUCCUCAAGGGUGACUCCUCGGCGGGGCCCGGUGAACAUCACCUUUGCAGUUAGAAGCGCACAGGGAUUCUUGAAUGGGUCGGAAGUGAGCGAGCUGCUGAGGAACUUGAGUGUGGUGGAGUUCAGUUUCUAUCUGGGAUACCCGGUGUUGCAGAUUGCAGAGCCCUUCCAGUAUCCACAGCUCAACUUAUCUCAGUUGCUGAAGUCCUCUUGGGUCAGAACAGUUCUCUUGGGUGUCGUGGAGAAGCAGCUCCAGAAUGAAGUGUUUCAAGCCGAGAUGGAACGCAAGCUGGCCCAGCUGCUCAGUGAGGUGUCCACCAGACGCCGAAUGUGGAGAAGGGCCACUGUAGCUGCGGGGAACAGUGUGGUGCAGGUGGUAAAUGUGUCAAGGCUGGAGGGAGAUGACAAUCCUGUACAGCUCAUCUACUUUGUGGAGGAUCAAGAUGGAGAAAGACUCAGUGCAGUCAAGUCUUCGGACCUGAUUAACAAGAUGGACCUCCAGAGAGCAGCCAUUAUCUUGGGUUACCGAAUUCAAGGCGCCAUUGCCCAGCCUGUGGACAGAGUGAAGAGGCCAUCUCCGGAAUCCCAGAGCAACAACCUGUGGGUCAUUGUUGGCGUGGUCAUCCCGGUGCUGGUGGUGAUGGUGAUUGUGGUCAUCCUCUACUGGAAACUCUGCCGCACAGACAAGCUGGACUUUCAGCCUGACACUGUGGCCAACAUUCAGCAGCGUCAGAAGCUGCAGGUCCCUAGUGUGAAGGGUUUCGAUUUUGCUAAGCAGCAUCUGGGUCAACACAAUAAAGACGACAUAUUGAUUAUUCAUGAGCCAGCGCCACUGCCAGGACCUGUGAAGGACCACACCACGCCCUCGGAAAAUGGAGACGUGCCAAGCCCCAAGUCAAAGAUCCCGUCCAAGAACGUCCGUCACAGAGGAAGGGUUUCUCCCUCAGAUGCUGACUCUACGGUCAGCGAAGAGUCCAGCGAGAGGGACGCAGGAGAUAAGACACCGGGAGCCAUCAAUGACGGCGGGUCCCACAGAGCCCCACAGAGCGGACCACCACUGCCCAGUUCAGGAAACGAGCAGCACUCAUCAGCCUCCAUCUUUGAGCACGUGGACAGGAUCGCCCGCCCCCCGGAGGCUAGCCGGAGGGUCCCUAGUAAGAUCCAGCUUAUCGCCAUGCAGCCAAUCCCAGCACCCCCUGUGCAGCGCCCUUCCCCAGCUGAUCGAGUGGCAGAAACCAAUAAAAUCAACAAAGAGAUUCAGACCGCGCUACGGCACAAGUCUGAGAUCGAACACCACCGCAACAAGAUCCGCCUGCGCGCCAAGCGCCGCGGCCACUACGAGUUCCCGGUAGUGGACGACCUGUCCUCUGGUGACACCAAGGAGCGGCACCGGGUGUACCGCAGGGCGCAGAUGCAGAUCGACAAGAUCUUGGACCCCACGGCCAGCGUGCCCUCCGUGUUCAUAGAGCCCAGAAAAAGCUCACGGAUAAAACGUUCUCCCAAGCCUCGCCGGAAACACCAGGUCAAUGGCUGUCCUGCUGAUGCUGAGAAGGACAGGCUCAUCACCACGGACAGCGAUGGCACCUACCGGAGGCCCCCUGGCGUCCACAACUCGGCCUACAUCGGAUGCCCAUCGGAUCCUGACCUCCCAGCCGAUGUGCAGACGCCAUCCUCAGUGGAACUGGGGAGGUAUCCAGCCCUUCCCUUCCCGGCCUCCCAGUACAUCCCGCCCCAGCCAUCCAUUGAGGAGGCACGCCAGACCAUGCACUCCCUCCUGGACGACGCCUUUGCCCUCGUGGCCCCCAGCAGCCAGCCUGCCAAUGCCGCAGGUGCGGGCCCAGGAGUCCCACCCGGCCUGCCCGUGAACAGCACCCCUUCCCGGGAAGAGAGGCGAGCCACCCAGUGGGGGUCUUUCUACAGCCCAGCCCAGACGACCAACAACCCCUGCAGUAGAUAUGAAGACUAUGGAAUGACUCCCCCAACGGGUCCGUUGUCAAGACCAGGUUUUGGCCCCGGUUUGCUGCAGUCUUCAGAGCUGGUGCCUCCUGACCCCCAGCAGUCACAGGCGUCCGCGGAAGCCCCGUUUGCUGCCCGAGGGAUCUACUCGGAGGAGAUGCCGUCGGUGGCCCGGCCUCGGCCUGUCGGGGGCACCACAGGCUCCCAGAUCCAGCACCUGACGCAGGUGGGAAUUGCCAGCAGAAUGGGAGCUCAGCCGGUAGAAAUCCCAUCAAGCAGAGGCAGCCAGUAUGGGGCGCCAGGCUGGCCUUCGUACGGGGAAGAUGAAGCGGGGCGAAGAGAGGCCACACACAUGCUCGGCCAUCAAGAGUAUUCUUCUUCACCGCUAUUUCAGGUGCCAAGGACUUCAGGCAGGGAGCCCUCAGCUCCUCCCGGGAACCUUCCCCAGCGGGGGCUGCAGGGCCCCGGGCUGGGUUACCCCACCAGCUCCACGGAGGACCUGCAGCCCGGCCACUCCUCAGCCUCUCUCAUCAAAGCGAUCCGCGAGGAGCUCCUCCGGCUCUCCCAGAAACAGAGCACCGUGCAGAACUUCCACAGCUGAUCGGCCCGCCUCGCAGAUUUGCCAAGUAUCCGCUUCCCGUGGAAGCAACACCAAAAGGAAAUCAACUGAGUGGGUGUUUGUAAGAGGAAGGAGCGCCUCCUGGGCAGCCUGCCCGCUGGAGGGAGCAAGUUGCGAUUUCCAAGAUGCCAUGAGUCAUGUGACAGCUCGUGAGCCUUUCACUGGGCUGGCAAUUGUGUGACCACUUGGGUUCGGUUGCAAUGUAUGUACUUUGGCCACAAGCCAGCAGCACUUCACAAAAACAAAACACAAAACUAAGCUAACAAAAGGACUGCAUUCGUCUCUUUUUUAAAGGCAGUGAUUAAAAUGUAUAGACCGCAUCGGGAUGAAAGGAACCAAGAGUUUCCGUGGGAUGGAGACUGGUACGUGUACGAUGAACCUGCUGCUUUGUUUUCUGAGAAGCGGUUUGAAGACAUUUUAUGAACAGCUGAUUUUUCUCUUUUACUCCAUAGGAACUUAUUUUAAUAGUAACAUUAACGACAAGAAUACUAAGACUGUUUGGGAAUUUUAAAAAGCUACUAGUGAGAAACCAAAUGAUAGGUUGUAGAGCCUGAUGACUCCACGCGAAGCCAUCACCUGCAUUCUUCCUCCUCCUUCUGGUGCUACAGUUCCAAGGGCCCUUCCCCUUCAUGUCUGAAACGCAACUUUGGCUUUUUCAAUGGAAGAAUAAGUUAAAGGUUUCAUUUUGUCCUAGAAAAAUCCCUCCCAAAGCAGGGCAAAAAGCUGAAUAUUUAUUUGGUUAUCCCAAAUACAGACCGAAGAUUAGAUCUCCGUUCUUAAUUGCUUUUGCUGUUUCUUAAUUCGGCACACGUAGCUCCUGGCCACGUCCCAAUUCAGCACGGAUCGCUAAGCCCAAUCCUAUAAAAUGAGGCUUUUGAGAGAUCCUUACUGAUCCUUUCUUCCACUUUGCUGUUGAUUUAUUCACAAAUUAUGUUUGAAUGAGAAAUCUGUAAGCAAAAGUUAUGUAAUAAUUCCCAGGACCACCAAAUUGUUAUGCAUACAUCUCUACCAGUCACAUGCCCUGUGUUCAAAACCUGGAAGUGAAGUUGAGUUCAGUUCAGCCUCUUUGUAACGAAUCAAGCAAUGUAAAAGAGCUUUGAGACUUCAAGGAAAAGGAGAGAAUUGUUUCUCAUUUCUGAUUUUAUUGUGCUAUUCUGUCGAGUGGCUAUUAAAAUUGUCUUACGCUCUUUGGGCCUAAGAGGGGAUCAUCUUGAUGAAGGUUUACUCCUGAUGUAAACAUUUCCCCACAUUCCAAAUCAUGGUAAAGAAAACAGUGACAAGGGUACCUGAGUGAAACUCAGAAGAAAAGCAGGCUUAGCUAAGAGAUUUUUCCACUAUGAACCCGUUUUUAUUAGAUCAACGAAUACAGUCAUGCAUCGCUUAACGAUGGGGAUGCAUUCUGGGAAAUGUGUCAUCAGGCUGUUUUGUUGCUGUGCCAACAUUCUAGAAUGUACUUACACAACCUACAUGGUCUAGCCUACUACAUACCUAGGCUGUGUGACGUGGUCUGUUGCUCUUAGGCUACAAACCUGUACAGCAUGUUACUGUGCUGAACACAGUGGUAUUUGUGUAUCUAAACAUAUCUAAACAUAGAAAAGGUAUGGUAAAAAUACAGUUUUAUAAUCUUAUGGGACUACCAUCAAUAUGCAGACCAUCACUGACCAAAACAUCCUUAUGUGUGCAUGACUGUACUUUUAAUUGAAUAACAGGUGAGGGGCUAGAAUUUGGGGCUCUGACUAAUCAAAACCUGUGUAUCUGUGCCAAGUUUUGAGAUCCCUAAAACAGCUGAAACAGGUUUCCAAAGUGGAAUCAUUGGAUUUCAAAACCGUGUUUCAGGCCUGUCGUACAGAUUUAGAGUCUUACAAUAUGAGGAAAGUUGGUUCUGGGGAGUGGAGCCAGUUUUCAUCUGGACAGAAGGGGUGCAGGAGAGUAAGUCUCUCAAGGAUGAUAAAGGACGGGCGGCAUCUUGUCAGGCGACCCUCAGAGGCUCCAAGGAGCAUUGGAGAGAAGGGCCCCUUCUGGGUUUAAUACCUUGGUCUUGGUUUAAUACUAGACUCUCCCCAAACUGAAGGAUUCUCUUUGCAUGUCACUCAAAAAUACCAGGUUUGCUGUAUAUUGUAUUAAGAACUUCAGAUAUCCAAGCAGAAUUUUAUUCUGGACACCAUAUAAUGAAUUCAAAUCAUGUGACAGCAAAUGGGAUAAAUGGCCCCUUCUCUUCCAGUUCUGCUCAGUGCCAUAAGGGUUUGCACAUAGAGUAUAUUAAACAUGGUGACCUCCUUUGAGCGUUGCAGAAAGAGGGCUCUGUUUCAAAGUGGGCUGACUAUAACAGCAAUUUUGAUGCCUUUCAAACUACCAUAAAGGGAUUUUAACUGUA